AUGUUCACUGAUCUGGCCUCUGACUCUGCAGAGCACCGGGAGGCGACGCCGUGCUUCCGCAAUGGCGAACGUGUCUUUGGCGCGCCAAUUACGGGCACCUGGCUCGAGGCCCAGCAGGCGCGCGUACGUGCGAUCGAUCCGAACGGCUACGUCUUUUCGUUUGACAUAUUUCACGACAAAUCGGAAAAGUUCGGGCGCAGCUUUUACCCCGUCUACAUUGUCAGCAACCACCUUUCCCUUGACGAGAAGCGCAACCCAAUCAACUGGCGCCUGCUUGCCCUCUGGCCGAUUCUCCACUUUGACCAGUCGCCACCGCUCGGUGAGACGCAGAAGCGGCGGCAGCGGGCGAAUUACAUCACAGCACUGCUCGACACCCUGCUGCGGACCGAGGAGCUCACCGACGCGAUGCAGAACGGGAUGGACAUUGGCGACGCAAGAGUAUGGCCGAUUUUGCAGCUCUCUAUCCUCGACCACCCGGAAAAGUGCCAAGAUGCGAAGUGCAAUCAGCUGCGGUGUGAGACUGCGGCACGUGCCCUCUCUAGAUUUCCUCAAAUUGAUGGUGGUAGUGCCCUUCUAGGUGCGCCCGGCACUGGUGCCUUGGCCGACGUUGGUGGCGUUGGCUUGGCGGGCUUUGGCGCCGCUGAUGCCGUUUGCUUGGCGGACUUUGGCACCGUGGGCGCCACGGGCUUUGGCGCCGCUGAUGGCGUCGGCUUGGGGUUAGGAUCACUCGAACUGCUGGCACCGCCCGAGGUCUGCGCGGCGGGGUGCGCGCCGCCGCGCCGCACAAUCACAGGAGCCGUACCAUUACGCUUCGGUGCCGCCUCGGCCUCCUCACCCGCCUUCCGCUUCGCAGGCACUGGUGCCUUGGCCGCCGUUGGUGGCGUUGGCUUGGCGGGCUUUGGCGCCGCUGAUGACGUUUGCUUGGCGGACUUUGGCACCGUGGGCGCCACGGGCUUUGGCGCCGCUGAUGGCGUCGGCUUGGCGGACUUUGGCACCGUGGGCGCCACGGGCUUUGGCGCCGCUGAUGGCGUCGGCUUGGGGUUGGGGUCACUCGAACUGCUGGCACCGCCCGAGGUCUGCGCGGCGGGGCGGCUGUGCAAGUGCUCGGACAGAAAGAAUGACACCCGCGGAGGUGGUCGCACACAGCAGCAGGGCGCGCUGCAGCGGCUGCUGCCGUCGGACGAGCUGCCCUCGCUCUCGCCCGACAGCGAGAUUCACGACCGCGGACUCCUCGUGGACGCGGACUUUGCUCGAGCGGCCGGCGUGACGCACGACCCGAGCGAGCCGCUAUCCGUAGUCAUCAGCUCGCUCGGCCCGGCGCAGCCACCCACCUUGCGCGACCCGCCUGGCAUGCAGCUCGGCUCCGCCUACGGGCAGAGCCGUGCCGGCGCUGCCGCUCUCGCUGACGCUUCGACCUCCUUAUCCCUCUCCGCCAUUCCCGCUCCCGCUCUCUCCUGCUCCACGCCUGCCUCGGCGACGCCCUCGCCCCCCGGCUUCGCCGCAUCCCCGUCCGCUGCCGAGCAGCCGAUCGCCGAGUCCGCCGGUUUCCCCGUCAUCCUCCGUCCUGCUUCGGAGCCGUCGCUGGGCGGACCGUCGGGGACGCAGCUGCAGCACACGACGCCCGGCCAGGAGGUCUUCUCUCUCGCAGCCCGCUUUCCCACCCUCGUCGUCAACUACGUCGGCGCUAGAGAGCGACGCGAGGAGUUCUGCGCCGCGAUCCUCGAGGCCAAGGAGAUGGCGCGCGGCCACGGCUCGGCGCCAGCGUGGCGGAGCGAUUUGGUUCCAACAGCGGGGGCAGACGCGUCCGAGGAGGAGAAGAAGCGCGCGGUGAAGGAUAAGAAUGCCUUCAACAGCAAGGUGUCCGCCUUCAAGCUGCUGCUCGACGCGAUUGUCCUCGACUCGGGCGCGCUGAAGCCAGGCGGCGUCGACUACCCGUCCAUCACCCGCUGCAUCCGCCUCCUCUCCGGCACGACGGGCGCAAAGAAGUGGGGGGAGGAGGUGCGCAAAAGCUACGAGAACGGCGCGGACGGGUACGGCGAGAAGUCCGCUGCGCGCGCUGCAUAUGAGGGUGUGCGGGGAGGGUCCGAGGAGGAGAGGCUCGCUGCGGCUCGCUCCUUCCGCGAUGCGGUGCUGGAUGCGCUCCGUGAGGAGCCGUCGCUGUCGUCCUUCGCAGACGCGGGCGGCGCGCCGGGCGCCGCGUCUUCAUCGCUGACGCCGCUCAAGCGUGGGCGAGAUGAGUCGGUGCUGGCGCGGUUCCUCGCCGUUGAUCCCGGCGCGAGCGAGCGCUCCGCCACGGGAGUGGCUGACUUCACCUUCGCCGACGGCCUCUGCUCCUCCAUCCGCGCCACCUCCUUCAUGCCGCGCGGGACGCACGUCCAGAAGAAGAAGCGGGUGGCGACGGAGAUCUCUGCACUGCUCGACGCCGUCAAGCCGGUCUGCGUCUUUCUGGAGGAGUGCUAUCCCCCCGUGGGUGGGUAUAAGUACAAGCUGAUGGAGCUGAACCACGCGCUUCGCUUUGCCGUCGUGGAGGCGUGCGAGGAGAGGGACGUGCCGUGCUACAUGGUGAACGCGUCGACGUGGCUUUCGCACAUCGGCGUGAGCUACCCCAGUGGUGCUAAAGACGAGGCCAAGAAGAAGUUGGUACUUGUCGGCGCGGAGCCGAAGGGGGGAGGGGAGAGGGGGGGGCUGCUAUCGGCACUCGGCCUGCGGCACGACUCCAUCCCGUUCGACAUGAAGCGACACGAUGCAGCCGACGCCGUCGCGAUCGGGCUGGCCGGGCUGGCUGGCAAGCGAGACGGCUACAAGAAGGAGAAGCACGUCGUCACGAUCAAGCCCCGCCUGCCUGAGGGCAGCUCUGAGCCGCCGCGUCUCGGCUCCCCCUCACAACUCGAAUUUGUCGAGCUCUCACAGCUCUAG